AUGCAGCGCGAAGAAAUCAUAAAUCUCGCUGCGGGUCCCUCUACACUCCCUCAGUCCGUUCUCCAAGAAGCGGCUCAAGGGCUUCUGAACUAUGAAGGCACAGGCAUCGGCCUAACGGAGCUUUCACAUCGAUCGCCUGACUUCACUAAACUCACCACCGAUCUCGAGAACAUCUUGCGCAAACAUCUGAACGUUCCCCAGACUCAUCGAGUAUUGUUUACGCAAGGCGGUGGAUCGCUUCAGUUCAGUGCUGUCGUGAUGAACUUGCUUUCUCGUCAUCGCAGAUUAUACCCCGACUUACCCGAGAAGGAUCGUGUUAUGGAUUACGUCGUCACUGGCAAUUGGAGUUCUAAAGCCAUAGAGGAAGCCAAGAAAUUAGCUGGCCCGUGUACUGUACAUACCGUCUUCGAUGGACGAGAACAUUCGGCCGACAGAAAAUUCCAAGCCAUUUCGGCCGCUGAGAAUUGGAAAAUUUCCAAUAAUCCUGCAUUUGUAUAUUACUGCGACAACGAAACCGUAGAUGGCGUCCAGUUCGAUGGGUACCUCUCCAAGGAAGGGGAGAACAACGAACGAAUCCGAUUCCCCUUCCACGCCCUUCCUCGUGAUCCAUCCAAUCCCACCAACCUUGUACCCAUAGUUGCAGAUUAUUCCUCUUCGUUCUUCACCCGACCGAUUCCGCAGAUCGAAGACCACGCAGUCGUGUUCGCCGGCGCACAAAAGAACGUCGGACCCGCAGGGCUCACCAUUCUUCUCGUCCGUCAGGAUGUCCUAGUCCCUCAACCGACGAAUUCAUUGUACCCGAUUCCAACGACACUCGAGUAUGCCACAUUGGCCAAAUCAGGUUCUCUCUAUAAUACGCCGCCGAUGUUUAGCAUGUAUGUGUCCCUCUUGAUCAUGAGGCACUACGAAUCAAAAGGAGGGCUAUCAGCUGUUGUGGCGGAAAGCAAAAUCAAAGUGGAAAAGUUAUAUAGGUCUCUGGAAGUUGGAGAGAAGAAAGGGGUAUUCAAGCUGCGAGUAAAGGAUGGGAGCCGCAGUUAUAUGAAUGUUACGUUCGAGGUUCUUGGGGAGGGCAACGAGGCAAAGUUCUUGAAGGAGGCCACCGAAAAGGGACUAAGAGGGGUGAAAGGCCAUCGUUCGGUGGGUGGAAUACGGAUUUCACUGUAUAACGGGGUGACGAUAGAGCAAGUUGACAAAGUCGUCCAAUUUGUGCUCGAGUUCGUUGAGAAAAAUGCCAGCUAG